AUGUACGGUCUGGCAUGCACGCGAGAAAAAGUAGAGGUUUUAUUUUUCGUCUUGGCAGGAUAUUUAGUCACAGUCCAUUGUCAACCAUGGAUUAUGGUUUUUCGUGGAGCAUCCGGAAGAAUUGGUGGCAGUAAUGAUAUAUACAAAUUAUGGAGUACUGAAGGAACCUCUGGUUUAUCCGAGCCAAGAGCCAGGCAAAUAGGGAGUAGAUGUAGUAUCCAUUACAAAAACAAGCUAGUAGACGAAUGGAGGAAAAUGAUAAUUCAUGGGGUAAAGCUUGCAAUUUACAAAGAUGGAAGAGAAAUGAAAAACAUAAUUUUCGAAUCCAUGCCUUCCACUGACAAAUCUAAUUGGUUCAAAAGUAAACAUUUGAAUUCCUCUAGCUUCAGUGACCUAAACAAGUGGGGGUCAUAUACCUUAUUUGGAAUUGAAGGUGAUUCUUCUAUGCAAAGACGUUUCGUAAUAAGCAAUAAUGGAGGAAGAUCAAAUGAUAUAGGGGACUUCUGGUUCGGUAUUUUUGAGACUCAAGUAUAUGACUGGGAGCGAAAUUUACUCCCAACCAUAAUGUACAGUCCAAGUAAUUCAGCAACCAGAGGAAAACUGCAACAAAAGGAAGUAGGAGAAAAUAACCCCCUUACUAUGCAGUGCAAUCCAGGGAGUAUAAUACAUAUAUACAGCGCACGUUAUGGAAGAGGAGGCUGUUGGGGUAAUGUAAUUGGUAAUGUAUUACCUAGAUGUCCGAAUCAAGAGAGAUGUGUAAUUGGAGCGACAAACGCUGUUCUUGGUGAUCAGUGUCCAGGGAUCCCAAAACUUUUACAAAUAAAGUAUUCAUGUGUUCCACACAUUGCCGAUGAAUUUGCCAUUUAUGUGAAAGCUGAAGAUCAGUCAAGGAUAGAAAACUGUGUAGAAAAAGAUUUGGACUGUUACCUGUCAACCGAAGGUCAUUGCAAAAGAUGCAACUCAACACAUCCUGUCAAGCUUUACAACGGAAACAAAGAGUGUGCCUGGCUUUGUUCGCAAGAAAACAGACAUUGCUGGCCUGGAACAUGUGGUGCUGAUAAUGUUGCAAAAGAUUGUCAGUGCGACGAAGGAUUUUUUACUGAAAAGGAUGCAUCUCAAGCUCAGUGCAUAAUGACCCGUCAGCCUACGAUUGAAACUUGUUUUGCUGGGCUUCAUGGAGUCAAAGGAGAACACGUUACCUUAAGAAAAAUAAACUCUUCCUCUGCAUGUAAAGAUCAAAAGGAUAAUUUUAUUAAUUUUCAGCCCGCCAGGACAGAUUUUACCUUACAGUACGCAUUUACUGUAACACCAGCUUAUCCCAGGCCGACCUUUAUAAAAGAAUAUAAAUUUGGAAUAGGAGGAGGGAGCCUAACACUUCAAUGGAAACAAACAACUAAAGGCAAUACAGUUUUAAUUUUGGAUAAUGAGCUCUCUUACUAUGGGAUAAAUUUGGACAAACUAAAUGAUACUGUUCAUCUUGAAAAUGGUACCGUAUUAUCUCGUGUUUCUAUGGAGAAUGGAGACGGGUUGUGCUACACUUUCAAGGCUACAGGUAAGGGAUACCUACAGACAACAGCGUUGCACGAUCCACUAAAACUUCUCCAAAGAAGAUACUACAAUGAAACCGUGGCUACGAGAGAUACCUGUUUUUGGUUUGAUAAUCUAAAACCUGUUCAUUGCAAAGUCACAGGUGAAUGUAAAGAUUUAGAAAUUAUUCAAAUGAACUCCAUAACAAAAUCACCAGUUGUGACCAUAGGGCUAGAAGGUUGGAAAGAUUCAGAUAUUUUCAAGGGUAAACGUAUCAAUGCUUCUGGAAUUCGGCAAUAUGAGGUUUCUGUUUACAGCAUAGGUGGCGAUGAUGCUCUGCUACAAGCCGAUCUAUCAGCAGACAAAAGCAACACAAAAAAAUCAGAUACAUCAGAACCACUGCAUAUUGAAAUUACAAGUUGUGGUCUUUUUGAAAUCCAUCUAGAAGUUGUCGAUAAUUCUGGCGAAGGAAAUGUCCAAAUAGCAAGGCGAUUUGUGCUAUUUGACAAUUGCUCUAAUGUUCAAAAGAAUCCAAAUAAGAAUCUUUUUAUUGCAACAGCAGAUAUUAAUUCAAACAGAACUUGGCAAACACAGAAAAGAAAACUUUGUUUUGACUGGACAGGGCGAUUUUUUAAUACUUUACACAAAAAGACCAAUCUUCUUAAACCAAUUAAACGUAAAUCUACAAUUGCAGAGGAUUACGAAGACAAUGAUUAUCCUUUGCCAAGAAAUGGCACCGCUAACAUUGACGGUAUCGUGGAAUUAAAUUUCACAAUUACUUUGAAUGGCAAGAAAAGAAUAGUAAAUCAGCGGCACGAAAAUGUAUUGAUCCAGAAACACUGUGCCAGUUUGCCUCUAAAGGAUGGAGAUUCUGUAACGGUUGAUGUUGUUGCCACAGAUAUCAUGGGCAACUUUAACAGUGACUCCACCACUGUGUUUAUAGAUACAUCUGUUCCGGAAAUUACUAAUAUGGGUUUAAAUAAAGGUGACUUCAGAGGACUUUUCGUUCACAACACCAUUGAACUUUCAAAAAUGAAAAUGAUUUUGACCAUACGAGAUGUUCACAGUGGAAUAAAAUCCAUCCAGUGGUAUUUGGGCACAAGAUUAGGUCAAGCAGAUAUUGGAGAUGGGACUUUGGCGGUUAAUCGUCUAUAUAAUGGAACCGACUGUAUCAACGACACAGAGUGUUAUUGUCCUUUUCAUGGCCCAUGUGAAAAAUCAAUAUACAGCAUAGAUAUGUCAAAACUGAUGACCAAACAUAACAACACUGGACAGCAUAAUAGAGACUAUUUCUUCACAUUUGUCGUGACAAACAACGCCUUUCUACAAACUGUAGAACAUUUGGAUAUCCUUGUUGACGAAUCGGCUCCCGUCAAAGGAGUGGUCAGGGAAGGUGCUCCCGGAGAAAAGGACAAUGAUUUUACCAACGAAAACAAUACUGUUUUAAACUGGGAUGGUUUUAUAGACCAUGAAAGUGGAAUAAGGUCUUAUAAAGUAGUCAUGUUCUCUAGAUGUCUCAGAUUGAAUGAAAUACUAAGCAUUAGAUCAAAUGAAAGCAUUAUUAUAGUAAAUACAACAAAGAAAUCCGCUCGUCUUUAUUUUCCAAAGAAAGGAAAGUAUUUUACGUCUGUGAUUGCAUUUAACAAUGCAGGGGAAAGUUCAGAUGUUGCGUGUUCAGACGGUAUAACGUACGAUAUGUCUCCAGUGCAAAUUUUUAAUCUUGCUGGGCAACGAUUUAUCACAAAAAAGGGAAUAGCAUGUGAUGAAAAUGAUAAUCCUUUCAUAAUUUUGGACAACCUAACAAAGAUACAGUUAAAGAACUCGUCUCGGUGUACUCAAAUUUGCAGAAAUUUUUCAUUUCCAGGGUUUAUAAAAAAUUUACCUCAAAUAAACAAUGCAUAUGCAGAUGAGAUAUACUCUGAAGGAAUGUGUGAAAAGGUCCCUCCAUUCAACAAUCAAGAAAUCUAUGUUCCUUCCGACAAGAUCGAAGUUUCAUGGGAAUUUCGUGAUUUGGAAUCUCAGCUUGAUGAUUUUCUCGUUGGAUUUGGCCAAUCAGAUUCGGAAUAUCUCAGUCCUUCUCUUCUUUCAUACACUAAAACAUUAGGAAGACCAAGGUAUAUUAAUUAUCAUCCUGGGUUACGAAGCGCAGAAAUAUUUUGGAUGUAUAUCAAAAGCAUUAACAAGGCUGGAGUUGAAGAAACUGUUCGAGUAGGACCAAUGAUUAUUGAUUCGACACCUGUUGUUGUUGUUAAAGAACUAGACUUGGUUAUUGAAAAUGGAAAUAUUUAUAUUGGAUGGGAAAAUGAUACAUUCAUUGAUCAGGAAGAAACAGAUCCGAUAAAUUCUAUUCUGUUUCGAAUAGGUAAGCAAUCUAAAUUCGUCACUCCUUUUCUGCAGCAUUAUAGAACAAAUGAUUGCCCACGAUCUAACAUGGCUGACUGCAUUAUAUACCCUAUUGAACGUCUUCAUCCCUCAAAAACAGAGAACUCGGCCAAGUAUUUGGUGGAAAUAAUAGUAACCAACAAAGCAGGUCACAUUGGGACGACAAAAUCAAGGUCAUUUUGGAUUCCCUCGCAGAUUCCUCCCGGACCUGGAGUUGUUAUUGAUACUGAUACUUCAGAGUUUUCCGAUAUGGAUUAUAUACUGUACCCAUCUAAACUGUGUGUAAAAUGGAAGGGAUUUGAACACCAUGAAAACAUCACGUUUGAAGUUGGAGUCGGAACAAAAAAGGAUAAAGAUAAUGUUAUUCGUUAUACACAAUCAACUUCAAAAGAAAAACAUUGUUUUGAUGCAAAUGUCCUCGAACCUUUUGUUAAGUAUUACUCUCUCGUUAAAGCUAGUUCUUACGGAGGACAGACCGUUGUUUCUUCUGAUGGAAUCACAUUUAUUCAUGAGAAUUUUACGUCAAGCAUUCAAUCAUAUGAUGGUAAAGGAUGUCCGAUAGACACUUCAAAAAAUAUUAUUCUGUAUGACGUAAACUCUAGAGCAGGAUGUGAAGUAACAAUCAAUAAAACAUUGAAAAUUGGUAAAAUAUAUUCAUUUGUAUUCAAUAUUUCAACCAUUUCAAUUAACUCAUCAGGGGCGUUGAUAUUGAAAACAAUCACAGAAAUCAACCGCAAAAUUGUUAUCUUCAUAGCAAAAUCAAAAUCUCUUAAAUUUUCCACACAAUCAGACACUGCAUUUGAUAUCAGUUUCCAUCAAUGUAAUCUUGAUAUAGACUUCACAGAGAAAACAGAUGUUGUAACUCUACACUGGACAAAAAGAAAGGAUAAUGUUAUUCACCCCACGCGUUAUAUUGUAAAGCUUAAGCAGGAAAUUCGGGGGUCUGAUGAUAAACUUAUUUCGAUGAAAGAGCAGUCCAGUAGUGCUACUUCUGCUUCGUUUGAAAACGUUAAAUUAAUCGAGGAAACCACUUACUUUGUCGAAGUCUCUCCAUGCUUUGGCCAUAUCUGCCUAAAUUUCACUCGCUCAGAUGGGUUUGUGUUUCACCAAAAAACUUCACCAAUAGAAUUUAAAGACGCCACUCUGAAUUUUACUGGUAAACACAAAAUUCUGACUGCAAGCUGGGAAAAAUCAAUCAUAAACGAAUCUAAAAUACAACUUGAAAGAUGGACCCUCUCUUUUGAUGCGAUGGCAAGAGAUCUCCUUUUGAAUUGGACCUUAGUUACAAAUGAGAAAGAGGUAAAUCAAAACCUGGGCAAUUUUAUAGCCACAAAGAGGAGAAUCUAUUUCUGUCUUCAGAAUUGGUUAGAGGACGAACAUUGGUUCGUUCAGUGUACUCCUGUGAUUGUGACGAACAAUCCUGUUGAAAAUAAUCUCAAUAUUUUAGACAUAGAUCUCAACAGAAUUAAUAGAAGUUUUGCUGAUUUUAUUUCUCGGGUUUCGUUCAGUAAGAAUUUAGGGAAUCUACAGCAAAGUGUCCACGAUCUUGAAAUUGAUUAUUGUACACCUGAUGCCAAAAUGUCAGUUCUCAUUUUGGGGCAUGACGGGGAAGACUUGGACGCAUUCCUUAUGACUUCACCCGAAACGCCCGAGACUGUGGUUGAUUGUAAAAAACGCUUAGACUGUCUUUCAGCAUCGGAAGUUAACAAAGGAAUAGCAAAAUUUACAAUCGUACCACUGACUCAUGGAACAAUUUUGUUUUCUUGUAUUCGGGGCAAAAACGAAUCAUAUGGCUGUAGUGAUGGGUUUUUUGUAGAUUCAACCCCUCCUCGACGUGGCCAAGUAACGAUACAAGGUUCCCAUGGAUUUAUUACCUCCCUUUCAGAUUUAUCACUGAAUAUUGAACCAUUUAUUGAGGAUGCCAAGCCUAUAGGAGAAGAAAAUCUCCCUUCUAUUAGCUAUUACGAAUAUGGAAUUGGUACAAUGGCAAGAGUUGAUGAUGUAUUGGUCUGGCAGAAAACAACCAAACAUGGACCAAUCAGAAUCCAAGAACUUAAACUAAAUCAAGGAGAGACCUAUUACCUCAGUGUUUCUGCUACAAACAGGGCAGGGCUGAAAAGUCCGUACGUUGUGACCCAGUUCACAGUGGACAUUUCUCCUCCUGAUGCUGGUAAACUUUACAUAGGAGAUGUCAUAGAGAACUACUACAUAUCGAAUCAUCCUAUAACGGUCCACUGGCGAGGGUUUGCAGAUGAUGAAAGUAACAUUAUGGAGUUUGAGUGUGGUCUUGUAUCCAACAAUGGGGAAAUCAUCGUACCAUUCACUCAUGCAGAUGUCGAUUCAAUAAUUUUUGAAAACAUUAAAAACCUCAUAGAUGGUCACUCAUAUAGAGCAGUCUUAAAGGUAACUAACCACGCCCUUCUGUCUUUGAUUGUGUAUUCUCAUAAUUUUACUGUGGAUACUUCUCCAACGCACCCAGGAACAGUUUUUGACAGCUUUGAAAGAUAUACGGACGAAGAUUACCAGACAAGUGUGGAUGUCGUUUGUGCCAGUUGGAAUGGAUUCAGUGAUCCUCAUUCAGACAUCUUAGGUUACUAUACAGGUCUUGGUAAUAACCCAAACUUUCCUGAUGUAAAACCCUUUAGGGAUAUCAGUCUUCGUCAAGAUUACUGUUGGAAAAUUAGUCUGACAGCUGGACAGAAGUACUUUACGUUCGUUAAGGCCUGUAAUAGAGCUAUGCUUUGUUCCACAUCGGUUUCAGACGGUAUAGUUGUGGAUAAUUCUCCACCUCUUGCUGGGAUAGUUUACAUUAAGGGUGUUUCAGGACGCAUGGCAUAUUUACAUGAUAGAACAUCAAUAAUGGCAUCUUGGGUAGGAUUUGAAGACCCACAUUCAUCUGUUGAACACUUCGAAUGGUGCAUAGGAACGAAGAAAGAAAAUUGCGACAUCUUACCUUACAGAAAUUCUUUUCUUUCCAAUGAUAUAUACCUUCCAUCUCUGUGGCUUCCUCUAAAAACUGAUUUAUUUGUGUCUGUCAUGGCAUUUAAUAAUGUGAAUCUCACUACCAACAUUAGUUCACAUGCUUUUAGAGUAGACGAAACACCACCCAUAGUCAUUUCACAACCAAAAAUCCACACCUUUAAAAGUCCAUUAACUGAAGCAACUCAAAUUCAAUAUGAUGAUUCUAUUCUCAAAUUAUCUUGGCUAUUUAGUGAUAAGGAGAGUCGUAUCUCCCAUCAUUUUAUUACUCUAAGCAGUCAUCAUAACAAAAAAGUACCGUAUGAAGGAGUCAUUCACGACAACGUUAACACAAUCAUGAUCCCAUUUAAUGCCACUAACCGUCUGUUAAAUGGAGACCGAUACUCUGCAGUUGUGACGGCAUGUAACCAGGCAGGUCUGUGUACAGUCAGUGAGAGCCAACCCAUUCUAAUUGAUUCCAGCCCUCCUCAUCUUGGUGGUUUUACGUCUGAACACUUGUGGCAAGUUUCUGACAAUCAGACAAGUGCAACUAUCUCUUGGUUUGGGUUUCAAGAUGUCGAGUCUGACAUAGCAUUCUUCAAACUUUCUGUUGGACAUACGUAUAAUGGAGGUGAAUUUACUAAUGGGUUCUAUCAAAUAUUAGGAAACCAGACCUCGGCCACAAUUCCUCUCUAUGACUUCAAACCUUAUAUGCAUAAUGAAAUAAUUUUGUCCAUUUAUGCAAUAAAUCAUGCGGGACUAAAAAGCAGAACUGCCAAGGCAACAGUGCUCACUACGAUGUCUGACAAAUCUGGAUUGAGAGGGCGAUUUCUAACUCAGAGAUAUUCUUGUAAAACUUCUUUUUGUAACAAUGAUUGUACUUGCGGGGUAGUUGGAUUGAAGUGUAGAUUUAAUGGCAAAAAUACAUGCAGGGAAGUAAAUAACACUCACACCGAGGUUUUCAUAGGUUCCUCAAAUUCUUCUGACAUCUUAAUUCAGUCAUCCACUACCUGCAUUGCUGGUUCCUGGAGAUCAAACUCCAGCAAUAUUAAAAGAUAUGAGUGGACAGUUGGAUUGGUCAAUGAAGCUCCAGGGCAGGGCAUUUUUGACCUUCAAAAAGAGGAUCCAUGGACUGAUAAUGAUUUAGAAACAAGCAUUCUAUUUUGCUUACCAGCACAUAAGACUUUAGAAAACAAUCAAAAGUAUAUUCUGUAUGUGAGGGCUUGGGUCUCAGGAGAUGAGUAUGGGAUCUCCAAAAGCAAGAGCAUUACAAUUAAGGAUGUCUCCCCUAGAGUCAGAAGAGGAAAAUUUAUUUCAGAAUCCAGAAAUGAGCCAUGCGGAGUCGACAUCGACUUUGCCGAAAGCCAAUGGAAAAUAUGCGCCUGUUGGAAAAAUGUUUUUAGUGAUGCUGAUCGAUUAUUGUAUACUUUCAGAGUUGGAACCUCUCCAAAACUGGACGAUGUACUCCAGUCAAUCAACCUGGGCAAUCAGACAGAACAUUGCCCUUCUUUAUUGUUGGAACCCGGUGUGCGAUACUUCUUUACAGUCAGAGCUGUCAACAAUAUCGGACUUUACACUACUUUAUCGUCCGAUGGAUUUCUUGUUGAUGACAGUUUCCCAACCUCUGGUGUGGUAUUCAACUCGCCCUCACAGAAAAAUAAACCAUUCUUCUCAAGUAAAACUCCUUCUGGAGCAUCAUGGAUUGGUUUUACCGACACAGAGUCUUUCAUAAGAAACUAUUCAUUUGGGACCCAAAUCUAUGAAAAGGGUUCGUUCCACCUCUUAGAGUUAACGUCAACAAAUUUCUCUACUUCAUCUACAUCAAACAAUUUAAAAGAUGGCUCGACAUACCGAUAUUCAGUACAGGCCAGUGAUGCGGCAGGACAUGGAAGUGCUUUAGCCUUUUCCCCUCCAUUCACUGUAGACAACACUGAACCGAGUAGCUUUUAUUGUAAAGAAAAAACUUUGAUUCUAAGAAAACUUUUGCGCUCAGAGAAAACAUCUUUUAAUAUUUCCGUAAAACAAGGAUUCUUUUAUACGUUUAAUAUUUACGAUGCAGGGGCUUCUUGGGACACAGAUAUUGUCCUGAAAUUUGAAGACGAAAUUAUGCGCCUUCCCGUAAAAAUGAAUGCUAAUGGAUCUGCUAAUAUCCAUCACGGCAUACUGGCAUCAACAACUGGUAUAAAAACCAUUUCAGUCUUACAAGAACAGUUACCUGUUCAUAAACUAAAUAUUGACAUUUAUCAAUGUUAUGCUGAUCCUUCUACUUCAAAACAAGUAAUAGAGUUUGCACAACUUUCACCAGUCAUGUUCCAAGCAUGUAUCAAAGCUGUGGAUCCUGAAAGUGGGAUACAAAGAUUCGAGCUUGGCAUAGGAACAACUGAAAAUGGAACCCAAAUAAAGACUCUUGCUGAUAUUGGGAGGAAACAUCAUUUUUCGAUGCACUUCUCUCUUCCCCAUGGUUCUCCAAUAUUUUCACAUGUUGUUGCUGAAAACGCCGCCAAUUUACAAAACUAUUUUACAUCGAACAAAAGUAUUGCCGACCACACUCCACCCUUUAUAGAGAUUCUUUCUGAGAAACUGGAAUACCAAGAGGUCGACAACAGCACCCUGAUUAAAAUGAUCCUACAAUUCCGAUCGGAAGACAUUGAAAGUGGAAUUAAAUUCUGUAGAGCUUGUAUCAAGAACAUAUAUGGAGCUGUUAUAUAUCCCUGCGAGACUACGGCAAGCCCCUUUGUGUCGAACUACAUCAAUGCCACACACGGCACGAAACUCGUACCCGAGGUCAUCUGUGUCAACGAAGUAGAACUACAAACAACACUGCAAGGAGGAAUUAACAUCGUAUCUAUUGAGAAGCCGUCACUUGAGAACGCGAGGAUCGAAUUCCUGGUCCCCGAUCCAUAUUUCCGUAUAGAGAGUGUUCCAGUCCAGAGUGAUACGACCAGAAUCGACUUCCGGUGGUUUGGCUUUGAAGAUGAUUCUGAGAUAAUAUCUUAUGACUGCAAGCUUCAGAGGGGUUCCAGCAUCAUUCAAAACUGGAUUAGUGUUGACAGACAUGACUAUGCUUCCUUCAGUAACUUGGUACUCCGAGGUGAAGAAAUUUAUACAGUGUUUAUCCGAGCCAGAAACAGUGGAGGAUGGAUAAGCCCUGCUCUAAAUGCUUCAGUUAGAAUUGAUUUGCAACAACCUGUCUUGACAGGUUCUCCCGCCAUAAUACAAGCACUCAAUUCAGAUGGAGUAUACAGGCUUGACUGGGGCCGUGUAUUCGUUUAUAAUGAACGUUAUCCUACUAGAUAUGACAUCAGCGUUGGAACUUCCGCUGGGUCUAGUGAUAUUCUGCGCCAGGAUGGCUUAGUGGAUACUACGUACGAUAUUGACGACAUGGAACACAUGAGUGUGGUUUACGUUGUUGUGAGAGCCUCGUUUCCAACUUCAACAUCUAAAGUAUAUACUGGAAGAAUUGUCUUAAAAUGAUUUGUGAUUAUAUUUUUCAGACAUUCAAUAUAACAUUGUUGUUUAAUCAGAUAAAAGGACUUUUUUGUUUUCUCUACCUAUUUCUUAAUGUAAGUGAAUAUGGAUCUCUUGUUAGUUAUACCCACUUUGUAUUUUAGAUACUUGUAAUCUGCAGAAUAAAGUAUGCAAUGAA